AACCUGCCCAACUAUUGAGCCCCCCGAUCUGCUGUGGGAGUUCGCGGCGGCUCUUCUGGGUGCCGUCUACAACUUCCUCGUCACAUACCUUUGGAUGAAGCACUACGUCUCAGACCAGUCGCCACAUUCGCCAUGUUCGCCAGAUGGGACUUAUGCGGGGUGGUUCACUGUGAGAUUUAUUUACAGUUGCUCAUAUCUUAUUCUCACUUGUGUCGUCGGCGCACAAAUUCAAGAAUCGCGCGAGAAGCGAAGGUUUCUGGGCAUAAUGAUGGUGAGUCAACCAGGUUAUCUUCUUUUUCUCCUUCUUCAUCUUCUUUUAUCACGGCCCCCAGGCCGGUCAACCCACGUCUCUCGCUGAUUAGUGUCACGGCACGGUACCGUAGGCGCUGUGAGCAGGCCUACGGGUGCAUGACCAUACUAU